AUGGCUCCUACCAGCACCAACAAGCCUACCGCUCUCGUUUCUGCUGCUGGAAUGACGGAGUCGGUCAAAAUUCCGAAGCCGCGUGUGGACAACUCCUGGGCCGGCAAAGAGAGCUUUGCCUCUGUUGCAGCCAAAUCGGCCCCUGCAAAACACAAGACUGGCGGUCUCCCCACCCCUCCUAAUUCCAUCUCUCCCUCUCUUCCUCCUCAGACCUACCAUUGCUCUGUCUCUCAUGAUCCGCCUACUCCUCCCGCUGUCGACCCGGUCGACUCCGAUAUCGAUCUUGAAGAUGCGGUUGCGCAUGCUCAGGCCCAAGACUCGCCUCAUAAAGGUCUAACAGCCCGUAGGCUGCGGAGUCUUGAGACUUCUGACGCCGUUGGAGAGAUUACUCCCGUCAUGCUUGCUAAACACCACCUGCCGGGUAUAUUGCUUCGCCAUGGACCAUUAGCCAUACGCCAUAUCAUGGGUUAUCUGACAACUUCCGUUCCAGGCUUCUCUACAAUCCCACCAGCGAAGGCAAGAAGGCUAGUAGGGAGUGCUCUCGAGAGCCGAGCUAUUGACGGUGAGGAAGGUGGCUUGAACCCAGAUGUGACCUUUGAGAAGGUGGGCUGGGGGCGGUGGGAUGCGAAGAAGUGUGACCAGCCAACAAGAUCUCACAACCCUGCUCCUCGUGGCCUGCAGAUUCCCAGCAGCCAUAGAAAGCAUGCUCCAAUCGUCUGUAGCCAGCGUCAGUCGAACUCGUCCUAUGGUAGAGGACUAGAAGGUACCAAUGUACUUGACACCGAGGCAGAUCAAAUGUCCCUAGACGAGGGCACUCGUACUUCUCCACCUGUUCAUGAGCUCGUAGAUCCUGAUGACGACCUCUCAAUGACGGACGAGGAAGACUGGGCGAGUAUAGGAGCUGCAGCUUUACGAGAGGGCUCUUGUCCGUUGACAGGAGGACUACUCCGGCCGAGUCAGCGCCGACAAUACCAAGCGUAUGUGGAGCCAAAGAGUCGGGGGAGAGGCAUAGUUAAAAGACCGUCAUCCAAUUUUUCGAAAUCGAUGCCAACGGCUACGAAUCAUUCUGUAUAUUAUGGGAAGCAGCAAAGCUUGAAGCAGCAAGCUGCGAAAGAGUCCAUGGAUUUUUCUAGGUUUAUGAGCAGCAACUCGGGCUUCGGGAGCCAAGACCGGGCUGCUGUUGAGGCGUUAUUGAGAAUGAGCUCUGUGUAA